AUGAAGUUUCUUUCAUCUAUAUUCAUUCUCAGUCUCACUUUUGCAACCACUUGUCUAUCAGACAAAGCCCCCAAAAUCAAAAAAAAUCCCAAAAAUAUUGUUGCCAUUGCUGAUUUUCCCUUUGGUGGUGAUAAAACUAUCAAAGGAAAUGUUGUCUUUACUUCCAAUGGUAAACAUGUAAAUGUUCAUGUUGAUAUGACUGGGUUCCCCCAUAAUGAAGGUCCUUUCUAUUACCAUAUUCAUGAACGAUCAGUACCUGAAAAUGGUAAUUGUGAAGCUUGUGGAUUACAUUUCAAUCCGUACAAUUCUAGUCCCGAUUGUCUUGCUCAAAAGCAUGAUGGAUAUUGUCAAGUUGGUGAUUUAUCAGGUAAACAUGGAGCUAUAAAUAGUACGUGUUUUGAAUUCAAAUUCACUGAUCCUUAUUUAUCAUUAAACAAAAGAUCCAAGAGCUAUAUCGUUGGUAAAAGUUUGGUGUUCCAUUAUGCAAAUAUGACAAAAUUGGCUUGUGCUGAUAUUGAAUUGGCUAAUGAUUUACGUAUUCAAAGUUUAAUGGAUGAGUAUGUUCAAACUGAUGAUUCAGUACAAUUGACACAAUUGAAACAGUCUUUGGAUCAAGGUUAUUCUUUUGAUGCUUUGGAGGCUUUGAAAAAUGAAGUUUACGAAAGUGAUGAUGAUGAAGUUGUUAGUGAAUUGUUAUCACCGUCUAUGGAACAGGAGAUUAAAGAGCCAAAGGAAGAAACCCAAGGUGAGCAGCAACAGGAGAAUAUUGAUAAUGAACAAGGUGACAACAAUGAACCAGAAGAUCUUUCCCGAUCAAAGAAUUUCAAACAUAUUUUACAAGAUGUCAAAGUGCUACCUCAAAGGUUGGUCAACAAGACAAAAAAUCAUUGGUCCAAGGAAGACGAAAGUAAAUUUGGUAGGAAGAAUAUUGACAAGUUAAUUCAUCAUUCUUCAAUUCAAUCACCAAACUCGUCGGAAAUGAAAUUAUAUCAAAAUCAAACCAAUGUUACCUUGCAUGGAAUAUCAGAUGAUUGUUCACCAAAUUCAAGUUCUGCCUUGUUUGCAACAGUAUCAACUUCGUUUCUUUAUGCAUUGAUAAAUUCUGUCAUGAUUGGCUUCAUUGUCAUGGUGAUAAUAUAA